CCCUUUGUACAGCAGGAAAUAGUUGUCCUGAAUAAAGCCCCUUUGGCAUCCGUGGUGCCUUCACUGGGAUCUGCCUGGAGGAGCAGCUUCCCUCCAUUAGGAUGGAUCUCUCGUAUGACUUGACUGGGAAAACCCCUUCAUGGGGGGAAGGUGGCGGAGCUUUCCCACCGCAGGAACCGAUUCCUGGGGAAUGGCAUCACCUGCAGCAACCCCAAAACUGGGGAGUGGGACUGCCCCUCUCACCUGGGGCCAGGGCAGAGCCUCGGGAGAGUCUGGCAAACUGCAGGAGGAGAAGGAAGAUUUAAGCUGGAAAAGCAGCAAAGGGCUUUAAGGGCUGCAGGAGGGAGGACAUUCCGGUUGGGAAUGUCACCCACUAAACACUCCCGAGGUAAAUCGAGCGGCUCUGCCUCUUCCCAAGUGGUUUCCAUCCCUCCUCCAGCUCCUGCCGCCGGCCGAGAGGCUUCAGCGCCUUUGCUCAGCACCUGGAAGAGGAGCCAAGGCCGGGAGCAGCGGAGGGGGAGCAGUGAUGGAACGCUCACUGCAGGAAAAUCACAAGGCGUUCGAUUUUUGAACGAUUCGCCUUCACCCUGACGCCGUGUCUCGCGCAUUCCAGGCUGUCCCGCUCGCAGGGAGCGUUUGCCAUGGACACCGGGCACGUCAGCAGAUCCCGCUUCAGCGUGGCCUCCAGCCCGCCGCGGUGGGAGAUCGGGCUCUAUGCCGCCGGCGCCUUGGCGCUGCUGGGAAUCGCAGCCAUCAACCUCUGGAAGCUCUGGCGCUCCGGCAGCUACCCGGCCCCUUCCCCCUUCCCCAACUAUGACUACCGGUACCUGGAGCAGAAGUACGGAGCAGCGUAUCCGGACGUCAGGCACAAGCGAGGGCUGGCCCCGGGCUCGCAGCGGACGCCGGGUCAGAGCACUGCCAGCCGCAGGAGCAGCCUGAGGGCAGAGGACACCUUGGAGAGCAUCCAGGAGCUGGGCAGCCUGGAGCUGAUGGGCAGAGACCUGGGCCUGGCCCACUACGGCCCCCUGAAGAAAUCCAUCUCGGCCGACUCCCUCAACUCCAUCUCGUCCAUCGGGAACAACUUCGGGCAGGAUUUCACGGUGGGGCAGGUGGAGGUGUCCAUGGAGUACGACGGGAAGGCGGCCGCCCUGCACGUGACGCUGCUGCAGGGCAAGGACCUGCUGGAGAAGGAGGACGCGCGGUUCGAGUCCUGCUUCAUGCGGAUCAGCCUCCUCCCGGCCGAGCAGAUCGUCGGCAUCUCCCGGAUCCAGAGGAGCGCCUACGCCGUGGCCUUCGACGAGCGCUUCUCCAUCCCGCUGGAUCCGGCGGCGCUGGAGGAGAACAGCCUGCGCUUCUCCGUCUUCGGCAUCGACGAGGACGAGAGGAGCGUCAGCACCGGCGUGGCCGAGCUCAAGCUCUCCGACCUGGACCUGGCCACGCGCCCCUUCAACGCCUGGCUCUACCUGCAGGACAUGAGCAAGCCCGUGGACACGGUGGGGGAGAUCCUGCUCUCCCUGAGCUACCUGCCCACGGCCGAGCGGCUCACGGUGGUGGUGGUCAAGGCCAAGAACCUCGUGUGGACCAACGGCAAGGUGACCGCAGAUCCCUUCGUCAAGGUGUACCUGCUGCAGGACGGGAGGAAGAUCAGCAAGAAGAAGACGGCGGUGAAGAGGGGGGACACCAACCCCGUGUUCAACGAGGCCAUGAUCUUCUCCGUGCCGGCCAUCGUGCUCCAGGAGCUGUCCCUGCGCGUGACGGUGGCCGAGAGCGGCGAGGACGGACGCGGUGACAACACGGGCCACGUGCUCAUCGGCCCCACCGCCAGCGGGAUGGGCACCACGCACUGGAACCAGAUGCUGGCCACGCUGAGGAAGCCCGUGUCCAUGUGGCACCCACUCCGCAGGAAUUAGGGGGGCUCCUGGGGGGGCUGCACCCCGACGCCGGCUCUGCCGGGCACCGUGGGGCCAGGAGCUGCCGAGCAGGGGCUGAGCAGGACUCUGUGACACCCCAAAGGCCGAGCUGCCGGCACCUCAGAGGGGCAGCUCCUGCCUAAAACACCCCGAGGAUGGAUGGAGCGACUCUGUGGCUUCAUCUCUGCCCUCCUGGGUCCCCCACAUGUGGGGACUGACGGACAGACCCACUGGCAAGGAGCCCAGAUGGACCAAAACCAGCCAGAACCUCCCCAGACGGCUGGGCUGAGCAUCCCAGCGGCCUCAAAAUCGGUGGAAUCCUCAAGCACGGACCCUAAGGCUGCACGGGAGAGGGGGGGUUCCUUUGGAAUGUGGGUUUUUUUGAGGGGGGUGAUAAAUGCCAGCACGGCGUGGCUCCUCUCGGCGAGAGUGGUGAUCCUGGGGGGAUUUUUAAGAGGGAUUUCGGUGUGUCGUGCUGGGGACAGAAUGUUUCCAGUGAGAACGGAGAAAGGGAGCAAUAAGAGCAGAAAAAGCAGUUGUUAUUACAUAUGGCUUCUCCUUCCGUCUGUUUUCCCACGCAGUAAAUCCCUGCCCGUCUCCGCUGGCUGCAA